GCUGGUGAUCAGCGCUUUUCUCUCCUUUAGCUUCUCUUCAGAGCAGAACCAUGAAAACAAAAGCUUCAUAACUCAUAAUGGAUGAGAGAUGAAGAGCAGAGGAAGAAGAAGAGGACGGACAACGGGUGGAGAGAGGGAAGAAUAAAACAAACACUGAACACUGAAGAGGAAGAGGAGGAGGGAUUCUACAGAGGACACCACCAUCAUCACUCCAACAGCUGGUGAACCCUGGUCCAUCCUGGUUCUUGUCCUGGUCCUGAUCCUGGUUCUGGUUUGGGUCCUGGUCCUGCUCCUGGUCCUGCUCCUGCUCCUGGUCCUGGUUCUGUCCUCAGUAUGUUGCUGCUCACAGCGUUGCUGGUCCUGCUGGGUGUGUACGUUCUGUGUCGAUGGUUGGUUCCUCAGUUGGUUCAGUCCAACGCCACCUUGGCUCUGCUGUGGUACGACUUCCUGCUGGAGACGGCGUUGGAUUUCAUCACCAGGACGUCACGACCGCAGCGCCUCCUUCAGGCCGUCUGUAUAAAUGCAGUCAGAGGAAACCCAGACAGCGUCAUCGCCGCCAUCGACCACUUCUGUCAAAACCAAGAGUGGGCCAUGAACGUCGGAGAUGAGAAAGGAGCCAUCUUGGACUCGGUCGUCAUGGAAACGUCUCCAUCCACUGUGCUGGAGUUGGGGACCUACUGCGGUUACUCGGCCGUUCGCAUCAUGAGGCUGUUGCCCCCGGCGACGCGGUUUAUCACCUUGGAGAUGAAUCCUGACUACGCUGCGGUGGCGCGGCAGGUCAUCCAACACGCCGGGCUGCAGGACAAGGUGUGUUUGGUGGAAGGAAAGUCCGCUGACCUCAUCCCCAAGAUGGCCGACAUGUUUGGGAUCCGAACCUUCGACUUUGUUUUCUUCGACCACUGGAAGGACUGCUACCUGCCCGACAUCAGGCUGCUGGAGGACUGCGGUCUCCUGGACCAGGGCUCGGUGGUCCUGGCCGAUAACGUCCUGUGUCCCGGGGCUCCAGAGUACCUGGACUAUGUCAGGUCCAGCCUGAGGUUCAGCAGCAGGUUCUACCGGUCCCACCUGGAGUACACCAGAGUCCUGGACGGACUGGAGAGGUCCGAGUACCUGGGACACAGAGACGCCCAGAGAGACCAGUAGAACCCAGACCGGACCCGGAUCACACUGUGGC